GGCAGUGUAGUCCGACCAGUUAGUUUCGAUUUAGCGCGCUAGAAGUGCGGACAUAGAGUGAACAAAACAGAAUCAAUAUGAUUGCAAUAUAUAUACUGAUCGGUGUAGUCACAUUGCUGUAUGUUUACCUGAAGUGGACAUUUAGCUACUGGGAUCGCAAGGGUUUUCCCACUACCGGAGUGAGCGUUCCUUUCGGUGCCAUGGAAUCCGUGACAAAGGGAAAACGAUCCUUCGGAAUGGCCAUCUACGAUAUGUACCAAUCGACGAAGGAGCCGGUCGUGGGUCUGUAUCUUACUUUGAGACCUGCUCUCCUGAUAAGAGAUGCUCAACUGGCUCACGAUGUGCUGGUCAAAGACUUUGCCAGUUUCCACGACCGAGGGGUUUAUGUCGAUGAGAAGAACGAUCCCAUGUCAGCGAGUUUGUUCGCCAUGGAAGGAGCAAGUUGGAGGGCACUACGCACUAAGCUAACACCAUCUUUCACGUCCGGAAAACUAAAGGCCAUGUUUGAGACCUCCGAUUCUGUCGGAGACAAGUUAAUAGCCAGUAUGAAAGCACAAUUGUCUGAGACAGGCAGUAAGGAACUGGAACUUAAAAGGCUAAUGGCAACCUAUGCCAUCGAUAUUAUUGCCACGACUAUUUUUGGCCUUGACAUUGACAGCUUUGCAGAUCCAAACAAUGAAUUUCAGGCCAUAAGCAAAAAAAUCAAUCGUAACAACUUUGAAGAUAUUGUUCGUGGAGCAGCUAGUUUCCUUUAUCCCGGCCUCGAAAAGUUCUUCGUGCGAAUUGGCUGGAAACAGGAGGCCAAUGAAAGAAUGCGAGAGCUGUCAAACCGAACCGUCGACCUAAGGGAGCAGAACAAUAUAGUGCGUAAGGAUAUGCUCCAGCUCAUGCUGCAAUUACGCAAUCAGGGAAAGGUCAACACUGAUGAUUCAGUUUGGACAGCGGAGAGUACUAAAAAUGGACUGAAAUCAAUGUCCAAGAAUUUGAUUGCUGGUCAGCUAUUUCUUUUUUACAUAGCGGGUUACGAGACCACAGCAUCUACAGCAGCCUUCACUCUUUACGAGCUGACCCAAAAUGCAGAGGUGAUGGAGAAGGCGGCUGAGGAUGUACGCAGUGCGAUCGAAAAGCACGGCGGAAAAUUAACCUACGAUGCCAUUUCGGACAUGAAGUAUUUGGAGGCUUGUAUUCUGGAGACCGCUCGCAAAUACCCAGCUCUUCCACUGCUAAACAGAGUCUGCACUCAGGAUUAUCCUGUGCCCGAUAGCAAGCUGGUUAUCAAAAAGGGAACACCCGUUAUAAUCUCACUCAUUGGAAUGCACCGGGAUGCAGAAAACUUCCCCGAUCCACUCAGCUAUCAGCCAGAACGCUAUCUGGAUGAUAACAAAAACUACAACCAAGCGGCAUAUUUGCCUUUUGGUGAGGGACCCAGGAUGUGCAUCGGUGCCCGCAUGGGAAAGGUGAAUGUGAAGAUAGCUAUUGCCAAGGUUUUGUCGAAUUUCGAUCUGGAGAUCGGCAAGGAAAAACGUGAGAUUGAAUUCGGCGUGAAUGGAGUUCCGCUUAUGCCUAAGGACGGUGUUCCCGUGCGUCUUUCCCUCAAGAAGUAGAGCUUAAACUUAGAUUUUAACCAAAUAAAUCGUAGAAAAUAAACUGCAAUUUGUAUAGAAAA